AUGUUAAGUGAUGCUGAUGAAGAUAAGAGAAUAGUUAGAACUAAGACUGCUCUCUUUGUUAGUGACUUAGCUCGAAAGAACCAUAAAAAGGUUUCUAAAAACUACAAAAUUUAUCAUUGGAAUCUAUUAACUAUUGGUAUAUUUUAUGGUUUACCAGUUAUUCAGUUAGUGUUUAACUAUCAAAAGGUAUUACAUCAGACUGGUGAUGAAGAUAUUUGUUACUAUAAUUUCUAUUGUGCCCAUCCACUUGGUGUCUUAAGUUCCUUUAAUAAUGUCUUUAGUAAUAUAGGAUAUGUUUUACUGGGUAUAUUAUUUAUAAUCAUAGCCAGAAGAAGAUCAUUUGUACGAAAUAAUAAAGAAGUUGCUAAGUUAUAUGGAAUACCUCAACAUUUUGGUCUAUAUUAUGCUAUGGGUUUAUCGUUAAUAUUAGAAGGUGUAAUGAGUGCUUGUUAUCAUGUUUGUCCCAAUAAUUCUAAUUUUCAGUUUGAUACAUCAUUUAUGUAUAUUAUAGCUUGUUUAAAUAUGUUAAAAAUCUAUCAAACAAGACAUCCUGAUAUUAAUGCUAAAGCUCAUACAACCUAUUUAUCAAUGGCAUUUAUUAUAUUCAUAGCUGUCAUUGGUGUGUAUUACGGAACAAAUAUAUUUUGGAUUCUGUAUGGUUUAGUUCAUAUGUUAGUAUCAUUAAUUAUCUCAGCUCAGAUAUAUUUUAUGGGAAUGUGGAAAAUGGAUUGCGGUAUAUUUAAAAGACUUUUCUGGUUAUUUAGAAAUGAUUGUUUAAGAUGUGCCAAGCCUAUAUAUCCAAAUAGGUUUGUGUUAUUGCUCAUUGGUAAUGUUAUUAAUUGGUCAUUUGCUAUAUAUGGUGUGUUAAAUACUCCCAUUGAUUUUGCAACCUAUUUAUUAGCUAUAUUUAUUGGUAAUUUGAUGUUAUAUGUUUUAUUUUAUAUUAUAAUGAAGUUAUUUAGUGGUGAAAAAAUCCAUAUAUUGGCUAUUUCAUGUAUAGUGAUAACAAUGAUAACAUGGGCAGCUGCUUUAUAUUUCUUCUUUGCUCAUCUUACUUCUUGGUCGGUAACACCAGCUAAAUCAAGGGAAGGAAAUAGACCUUGUAUACUAUUAGAAUUCUAUGAUGCCCAUGACAUCUGGCAUUUUCUCUCAGCUAUUGGAAUGUUUUUUGGAUUUCUGAUUAUUCUAACAUUAGAUGAUGAUUUAGUAUUAAAGAGAAGAGAUCAAAUACCAGUCUUUUAAAAAAUGAAAUAUGUGGAAAACACCUUAUAAUUUAAAAUUGCCUUUGUGUGAGAACUGUGAUAUGUUUGGCUGUAUCAUAAUUUGUAUAUACAUGGACAUAAUUUUUAUACGCCCACAUGAAAUGGGGGGCGUAUAUUGCCAUCACCCAUGUCCGUCCAUCGGUCGGUCCACAAUUGCUCGUAAACACUAUACAAGACAAUUCUUGACGGAUUUUGACAAAACUUUGUAUGAAUGUACGUAAUCACCCAAGGAUGAACCCUAUUGAAAAUCAGAAGAAUCGAAAAAUAUUUAGUAUAAGUUAUUGCCCUUGUUCUUGAAAACGCGUUCAAUUUUUAGCUGAUAAAC